AACCAAACCAUAUGGAAACGCUUAUUAUACUAUGAUCACAAAUCAAAACGCAGCGUUCCGAAGCCAGUGCUCUUCCGAGUUGGGAACUUGCUGCCGCUGGCGUCUGAUCAUUCGCUUCGCUCAACCCAGAAAAAUGGUGCUCCCUCUCCUUCACAGGUCUUGAUUGGAAGCCGUGAGCUCAAUUUUUGACGCAAUGGAAGUGAAUUUAGUAGCAAGUGGAAUUCAAGAAGAAGAUGCUUUUGGAGUUAACGAGAAUUAUCACAAUGACAAUCCUGUUUUGGAGGGCGAAAAUGAAACGUGUGGGAUUUGCAUGGAUACCAUUAUCGAUAGGGGUGUUCUGGAUUGCUGCCACCACUGGUUUUGUUUUGCAUGCAUCGACAAUUGGGCCACUAUUACAAAUCUUUGCCCGCUUUGCCAGAACGAAUUUCAAGUGAUCACAUGUGUUCCGGUAUAUGAUACUGUUGGGAGCAACAAAGUGGAUGAUGAUCCAUCUUCCAGAGAUGAUGAUUGGAGUGUUGAAGGGAUGAAUAACACUGUCUCAUUUCCAUCAUACUAUAUUGAUGAAAACUCAGUUAUCUGCUUGGAUGGAGAUGGUUGCAAGGUUCGAAGUGGAUCAGCAAAGAUGGAGGAGGAUUCCAGUCUUGAUACAUCAAUUGCCUGUGAUUCAUGCGACUUAUGGUACCAUGCUUUCUGUGUGGGGUUUGAUCCUGAAAGCACAUCUGAGAAUACAUGGUUAUGCCCCAGAUGUGUAGUCGGUGAAAUGCCACAAAACUCAGAUGUAGGUUCAAUACAGAGGUCUAACGGCCAGUAUGAUCUUGAAAAUAGUGAUUCUUUGACUGAGGAUACUUUUUCAAGAAAGGUGUCUGUAUCUUCUGUUGAUACUGGUGACACAGCUGUUGUAGUCUCAAUGGUUGGAGAUUCAGGUCAGAGCAUUUUGCCAAACGUUGAAGUUGGCAAGGGCUUUGAAACUGAAUCACUGGUAUCAGCUUCUGAAGAUCGCCACGAGUCGGAAAUACCUUCAGGGGUGAAAACUAUUAAAUUGGAAGCACAGGAAUUAGAACUGUCCCUAUCCUGUGAUACCUCCUUCAGUUUACCUUCAAAUGCUUUAGCACAUAAGCAGGUUAAGUCGAGUACUGGUGAAUCAAUGAAUGACCUCUGUAGCUUUGAUGGCCUCAAAAGUUCUUCGGGGAAGCUUAAUGAAUCACAUAUUAGUAAAAAACUAUCUGACAGCCAAUCCAAUAUGGGUCUAAAUCUUGGGUUAUGUGGGGGUUCGUUUUUGUCAGUUGACACGAAUAGUACCGGAACUGAACACCACGACACUAAAGAUCUGAAGCAGCAUAAUCCUUCAGAAGAAUAUUUGCCAAAAGCUGACAGGAUUGUACCGGAUGCUAGUUCAGAUGCUCCUGCCAUGACUGGUGGAAAGAGAAAACGCACAGAUUGCAGUGAUGGCGUUAGUGCUGAUGAUAGAGAUACAAACCCUAAGCUUAAGAACAAAGUUGCUGUAAAGAAAAUCAGAGAUGGGGAGAAGAUUCAACAGAUUGCUUCCAAGGACCAAGCCAAAGCAUGUCUUUCAGACUCUGGAAAUGGCUCCAGCCUGACUGUAGUUCCCAAAGAUAGCGAGUUAAAAUGUCAUCCUGUACUGAACCCUACUUCUGAAAUAUUGAGCAUUGUUCGAACCACAAACCGUAAGUCUUCCAAGGGGCUUGCGGGCCCUAAAUCUGUCAAAUCAUCAGAAGAACAAGAUUCAAUGGCUAGUUUGAGAGUUAAAAAGAUAAUGAGGAGAGAUGCUGAGGACAAGGAAUCAUCUAUGGUUGUUCAGAGACUAAGAAAGGAAAUAAGAGAAGCUGUCCGCAACAAAUCUUCAAAAGAUAUUGGUGAAAACCAGUUUGAUCCAAAGCUUCUUGAUGCCUUUAGGGCAGCUCUAGCAGGAUCUAAAACUGAACCUGUAAAGAAGCUAUCACAGUUAGCACUGAAGGCAAGGAAGUCAAUGUUGGAGAAGGGAAAAGUACGCGAGAAUUUAACAAAGAAAAUCUAUGGAACAUCCAAUGGAAGACGAAAACGUGCAUGGGACCGGGACUGUCAAAUUGAAUUUUGGAAGCAUCGUUGCAUUGGAGAGCCUGAAAAGAUUGAGACUUUAAAGUCAGUUCUUGGCCUUCUCAAUGGGAGUUCACAGGGUUCAGAUACAAAGCAUGAGUCUGAUACGCAGUCCACAAGUCCAAUUCUUUCCAGGUUGUAUUUAGCAGAUACGUCUGUAUUUCCAAGGAAAGAUAAUAUUAAGCCUCUUCUAGCUCUUAAAGCUGCUGGUAAUUCUGAGCAGAAUGAUAAACAACUCACCACAAUGGAACUGUGUUCAAAGCCUUCUCUUGAUAAUGUCACUUCGACUUCCUCAGAAACGACUAAGGUUUCAUCAAAAGUUGGGGUUCCUUUAUUAGAAACUAAUGGGAAUAAAAACGAUUCUCCAAGCUCAGACAAUAGUGCUGCUUCUAACAAAGGACAUGAAGAUAGACACUCAGAAGGGUCCUUGGUUUCUUCAUCUGGUGGUUCUAAAUUGAAAACCAAGAAGGAUGUAGUUGAUAAAACUGGUGAUAUAAAAGUUGAUAAAAGGAAAUGGGCUCUGGAGGUUCUUGCCCGGAAAAUGAGUGGUACAGGCAGGAACACAACAAACGAAAAACAAGAAGGCAACUCUGUGCUCAAAGGAAAUUACCCUUUGCUAGCUCAGUUACCAGUAGACAUGAAACCAGUUUUGUCGCCCAGUCAUCACAAUAAAGUUCCAAUGUCAGUGAGGCAGACGCAGCUAUACCGUCUGACAGAGCACUUGCUGAGGAAAGCUAAUCUGCCGGUGAUUCGUAGAACUGCGAACACGGAGUUAGCUGUUGCAGAUGCAAUUAAUAUAGAAAAGGAGAUUGCGGAUAGGUCAAACAGCAAGCUAGUGUAUCUGAAUCUAUGUUCCCAGGAGAUUUUGCAUCUUUCAAAAGGUAACAAAGCUAGUGGAACCCCAGUUCUUAGUUCCUCCCCAUCUUCAGUCCAUGCUGAUAGAUCAGGGGAAGCUGUGCAUGAACCUUCAACUGAUCCUGUAACUGAAGAAGCACUGAGAAAUGCUGGUCUUCUGUCCGAUUCUCCUCCAAACAGUCCACGUUCCAAUAUGGAAGUUCCUGCUGAAGAAGAUGAUCCCUCAUUAGAUAUCAGAGAGGAGGGGCCUGAUAAUGUAUUUGAAAUGGAUGAAAAUCCAGAUCUGGACAUCUAUGGUGAUUUUGAGUAUAAUUUGGAAGAUGAAGACUAUAUUGGUGCCACUGCUACAAAAGUCUCUAAUGUACAACCAGAGGAAGGGGCAUCAAAAAUUAGAGUUGUUUUCUCUACUUUUCAGCCUGAAACAACUAAUCAUACUUUAGAUCUUGGCAGUACUGAGAAGGUGGUUGAAGUACAAAAAGAUUCUUCCUGCAUGCUCGAGAAUGAUACUCAUUCAGGUCUGGAAAAUUCAACCAGGGAGUGUGAGACUGACAAGUCUUGUGUUCCAUUGGAAUCCAUAUUUGGUAAAGAAGGUGAAGAGCUUUCUGUUGCAGAAUGUGAAGAAUUAUAUGGACCAGAUAAAGAACCACUGAUCAAGGAAUUUCCAGGAGCAUCAGAAAUUCUAUAUGCAUCAAUAGAUGCAGGUUUGGUUAAAGACAACUAUCCAAAAGAGAAUGAAAGUUGUGGACCAAAGCCAACCGAAGAAAUAACAUCUCCAUCUGGUAAUGAGAACCAUGGAAAAAAUAUAUCAGUUGCUAGUCUUGGUUGCACUUCCUCUGGUGGAGAAGAUUCAACAAACCAUUCCCAACCAGAUGGAAGUGGUGAAAGGAAGAAGAAAUCUAAUACGGAUUCAAAAGAUCAGUCCAACAGCAUCAAUUCUAUAUCCAAGAAGGUUGAAGCCUACAUCAAAGAGCAUAUCAGACCACUAUGCAAGAGCGGUGUGAUUACAACUGAACAAUAUAAGUGGGCUGUGGCGAAAACAACUGAGAAAGUCAUGAAAUACCAUUCUAAAGCCAAGAGCGCAAGUUUCCUAAUCAAAGAAGGGGAGAAGGUGAAGAAACUUGCAGAGCAGUAUGUUGAGACGUCCCAAAAGAAGGAGAAAGGUGACCCUUUAUAACGGUGGUCAUCUUUCAGCUCUUCGAUUAUUCAGAGCUUCCACUCUUCUGGUUGUAAUAUGUGGAUCGUAAUGGUUAUUAACUCAUGAAAGGCAUAGUACAGGCCCUCAACAUCAAUAUCAAUACACAGAUUAUUGUGCAUGA